GGUUCCCAGAGUGCUCCGCGGCCGUGUGGAGCGAGGCCUUGUUCCCGCGUUGAGCCGCCGCCGCUGCUGCUGCCGCCGCCUCCACCUCCUCAGCUUCAGCAGCCGCGCCAGGCCCGGCCCCGCCGCGCCAUGUCGGACUACAGCACGGGAGGACCCCCGCCCGGGCCGCCGCCGACCGCCGGCGGGGGCGGGGGGUCCGGGGGCGCCGGGGGAGGCCCUCCACAGGGCCCGCCAGGCGCAGGGGACCGAGGCGGCGGGGGCCCGGGCGGAGGGUCGGCCGGCGGCCCUUCGCAGCCCCCAGGCGGGGGCGGCCCGGGAAUUCGCAAGGACGCCUUCGCCGACGCCGUGCAGCGGGCCCGCCAGAUCGCAGCCAAAAUUGGAGGCGAUGCUGCUACAACAGUGAAUAACAGCACUCCUGACUUCGGUUUUGGGGGCCAAAAGAGGCAGUUGGAAGAUGGAGACCAACCGGAGAGCAAGAAACUGGCCUCUCAGGGAGACUCCAUCAGUUCUCAACUUGGACCCAUCCACCCUCCCCCCAGGACUUCAAUGACAGAGGAGUACAGGGUCCCAGAUGGCAUGGUAGGACUAAUCAUUGGCAGAGGAGGUGAACAGAUUAAUAAAAUCCAGCAAGAUUCAGGCUGCAAAGUCCAGAUCUCUCCAGACAGUGGUGGCCUCCCUGAGCGCAGUGUGUCCUUGACAGGAGCCCCAGAAUCUGUCCAGAAAGCAAAGAUGAUGCUGGAUGACAUCGUCUCUCGGGGUCGUGGGGGCCCCCCAGGACAGUUCCAUGACAACUCCAACGGGGGCCAGAAUGGCACAGUGCAGGAGAUUAUGAUCCCUGCGGGGAAGGCUGGCCUUGUCAUCGGGAAAGGCGGGGAGACCAUUAAACAGCUACAGGAACGUGCUGGAGUAAAGAUGAUUUUAAUUCAAGAUGGUUCCCAGAAUACAAAUGUUGACAAGCCCCUUCGGAUCAUUGGAGAUCCUUACAAAGUGCAGCAAGCCUGUGAGAUGGUGAUGGACAUCCUUCGGGAGCGUGACCAGGGCAGCUUUGGGGACCGGAAUGAGUAUGGAUCCCGGAUUGGCGGGGGAAUUGAUGUGCCAGUGCCUAGGCAUUCUGUUGGCGUGGUUAUUGGCCGGAGCGGAGAGAUGAUUAAGAAGAUCCAGAAUGAUGCUGGUGUGCGGAUCCAGUUUAAACAAGAUGAUGGGACAGGUCCUGAGAAGAUAGCUCACAUAAUGGGGCCCCCAGACCGGUGCGAGCAUGCGGCGAGGAUUAUCAAUGACCUCCUCCAGAGCCUUAGGAGUGGUCCCCCAGGUCCUCCAGGGGGCCCUGGCAUGCCCCCAGGGGGCCGUGGCCGAGGAAGGGGCCAAGGCAACUGGGGCCCGCCUGGUGGGGAGAUGACCUUCUCCAUCCCCACUCACAAGUGUGGGCUAGUCAUCGGCCGAGGUGGUGAGAACGUGAAAGCCAUAAACCAGCAGACGGGCGCCUUUGUAGAGAUCUCCCGGCAAUUGCCGCCCAACGGGGACCCCAACUUUAAACUGUUUAUUAUCCGGGGCUCGCCCCAGCAGAUUGAUCAUGCCAAGCAGCUCAUCGAGGAGAAGAUUGAGGGUCCCCUCUGUCCAGUUGGACCAGGCCCAGGAGGACCAGGCCCUGCCGGCCCCAUGGGACCCUUCAAUCCUGGGCCCUUCAAUCAGGGGCCACCAGGGGCUCCCCCUCACCAUCUCUACCCUGCAAAGGAGCAACCUCCGCUCAUGUGUUCCCCAUCUUUCUCAUCCUACAGUGCUGGGGGUCCCCCUCCUCACCAGUACCCACCCCAGGGCUGGGGCAAUACCUACCCCCAGUGGCAACCACCUGCUCCUCAUGACCCGAAUAAAGCCGCUGCAGCCGCCGCAGACCCCAACGCAGCCUGGGCUGCCUACUACUCACACUACUACCAGCAGCCUCCAGGCCCCGUGCCCGGCCCCGCACCUGCACCCGCAGCUCCACCUGCCCAGGGCGAGCCCCCUCAGCCCCCACCUGCUGGCCAGUCAGACUACACUAAGGCCUGGGAAGAGUAUUACAAAAAGAUUGGCCAGCAGCCCCAGCAGCCUGGAGCUCCCCCACAGCAGGACUACACAAAGGCCUGGGAGGAGUACUACAAGAAGCAAGCUCAAGUGGCCACUGGAGGGGGUCCAGGAGCUCCCCCAGGCUCCCAGCCGGACUAUAGUGCCGCCUGGGCUGAAUACUACCGACAGCAAGCCGCUUACUACGGACAGACCCCAGGUCCUGGUGGCCCCCAGCCUCCACCCACACAACAGGGACAGCAGCAGGCAAGUGGGAAUUGCCACCCUCCUCCUCCUCCUUUUUCCUUCCAACCCCCAGCCACCGUCCAUCCUGCCUUAGUGGGUAGCGCCGGAAAUCCCUUCCCCUGCGGGGUGUGUCCUUGAUGCCUGCAGCGGGGGCCGUGUGGCUGGAGGUCUCCGGGAGUCCCCAUGAGCCAGGGGAAGUGUGCGCUGGGUCCAGAGGUUAAAGAAGAGGCCUCCCUCCGCCGGCUCGCUUGUUCCUGUGUAAUGCUGUCGUGAUGCUGGGGGCGAGUGCGAGACAGAUAAAAGGUGGAACUGUUGAACUGGUGGGUAGUCCUGGGGGUGGGGGCAGCCCGGGCACUGCACUUUGGUCACCAUCCUGGCUGCUAACUCAAAAUCUGGCCACUUGGGAAGAAAAUGGAUAUUUUUUCCCCUCUGCAUUACUUUUUUGGCUUUUGUUCUUUUUGUUUUUAAACCCAUGGUCUUCUCCCCGACGGUGUCCAAGUGACUGUUUGCAGGCAGCCCCAGUGUGGGGUGGCCCUGGCUCCAGCAGGGAUGCAGGAAGCCUGCAAAGGGGCUUGGCCCCUUGGGCUCAGCCUCUGCUGUCACGCCCGUGUCUGUGUCCCGGUCUUGUCUGUGAAGUGGGCAUGAUGAUCGCUGCCACGUUCCAACCUACCUCACAGGGGUGUUGUGGGGACACCGUGAUCUCAGAUUGUUCAUGUUGUGAUGCGCCGGGAGCCACCCACCACCUUCUCCCUUGCAGACCCUGACUUCGCUUCUCUUUCUCCCGCGGCCCCUGCUUCUCUCCUUCUUGCCUUUGUGUCGCUCUUUCUCCUCCUCCAUCAAGGAGCCAGUCUGACUUCAGCUGAGUCCCUGGAGCACUUGACUAGACAGUUACAGACACAUCCUGCUAGCCAUUGGCGUGGGAGAGGGGCUUCCUGGCCCCCUCCUUACUAUCCCCCAGUCUUCCGCCUCUGCCUCCCCCUCCCCGUAGUGACCAAUUCCUAUCUCUUCCCUCUCCGCAGGCUCAAUGAAUCGAAUGAAUGUGAACUUCUUCAUCUGUGAAAAUUCUUUUAUUAUUUGUUCUGUUUGGGGCUUAUUUUCUGGUUUUUGCUUUUUUUUUUUUUUUUUUUUUCCUCCAUUUGUUAGGCGAGAGAGCGAUGGCUGACAUGGGGGUGGGGUGCAGGGGAGCCCUCUCUGAGUGGCUUGGAGGUCAUGCCUGGCUCUCACUCUCUCGCCCAUUCUGUGUCUCACAUCCUUUCUUUUUCUUUCAAAACUGGGAUCCUUCAUGUUGAGCCAGCCAUAGAAGAUAGAGAGAAUUAAAUCUCUGCCAAAAAAAAAAAUUUUUUUUUAAUAAGAAACACAAUAAGUGAAGCAAAACCUAUAAAAUUAUAUAUAUAUAUAAAAAUCUCUAUAUCCCACCCCCCAGUCUUCCCUAAAUUGCUUCUUUCAAGGAAAACUUAUUUUCUCCCUGCCACCCUUGCCCUCUUCAUGUUUUUAAAAUAAACUUUUAAAAAGGAAAAAAAGUCACUCUUGCUUUUUUUUUUUUUUUUUUUUUAGUUAGAGUUGGAACAUUCCUUGGACCAGGUGUUGAUAUUGCAGGGAACCCCCCCACACACACAUAUACCCUGCCCUAUCUCAGUCAAGCCCCUCAGCCUCUCUGCUCCUCUCGCUCUUCCUUCUGCCCUAGCUUGCUUCUCGCAGCCCUCCCCUCCCGCGUCCCUUCUCCCAGGACUGGUCUGUCAUGUUUCAUCUGUUCAAGAGGACAUUGAAAAUGAAAACAAAUUGAGAACAAAACAAAAAAAAAAAUUGUAUGGCAGUUUUUACUUUUUAUCGCUCGUUUUUAACUUCACAAAUAAAUGAUAACAAAACCUCCCCAUG